GUUCGAAUAGCUGAGAAGCCGCGGCAGAUCCACCACUGCGCAAUAUCACACAAUCCUCUCAGAGACCGCCAUGUCACCUUGCGCAAUGGCGACUUUCGCAUCCUGGACUUCAGGCGUUCCUCUCGGCACAAGUGCCCCUGCGAUAGCGUAAUUACCUCUGGACACCAGUUGCCUGAUGUUAGCACCUUCGGCUGCUGGAAUUUAUGGGCCGUUUGC